AAAAAGUUGAAAACGUGAACAGUAUAAAGUAAAAUAAAUAAAUAAAAAGAUGUGUACAUGAUGAAAGACCUCUCCAAUGUUCAUUUUCUCAAGUUUCUUCCAACUCCAAGAUUGGAAACUGCUACAUCUCUCUAACAGACAACAGUUUAGUCUUUGUCCGUACCAUUUUACUUACUGUCUUUGUCUAUUGCCACUCUCAUCUCUUUAUUUUUUGCUUCUGUUGUCUCUCUCUCUCUCACUUUUCUUUGCUUUGUUUCUCCUUUCGUCCUUUCUUUAAACCAAGACAGUUAUAGGUUUGAGAGAGAGAGAGAGGGAAUGAUAAGCAAGUACUCUCUUUCUGUCUGAAUAAAAGGAAACAAAUAUGAAUAUGGGUUCAAACUCGGGUCAGGGUCGUGGUCCUGGUCAGGCAGAGUCCGGUGGUUCAUCGAAUGAGUCCUCCUCUUUCAGUGGAGGCCUCAUGUUUGGGCAGAAGAUCUACUUCGAGGACGGUGGAGGCGGGUCUUCUUCCUCCGGCGGGUCAAAUAGAAGGGUACGUGGAGGCGGGUCGGGUCAAUCAAGUCCGAUACCAAGGUGCCAAGUAGAAGGUUGUGGAAUGGAUCUAACCAAUGCAAAAGGUUAUUACUCGAGACACAGAGUUUGUGGAAUGCACUCUAAAACACCUAAAGUCACUGUCGCUGGUAUCGAACAGAGGUUUUGUCAACAGUGCAGCAGGUUUCAUCAGCUCCAAGAAUUUGACCUAGAGAAAAGGAGUUGCCGUAGGAGACUCGCUGGUCAUAAUGAGCGACGGAGGAAGCCACAGCCUGCGUCUCUCUCUGUGUUGUCUUCUCGUUUCGGGAGGAUUGCACCUUCUCUUUACG